AUGCCUUUCAGACAACGUAUCAAAGAGCUUUUCGGCAGCUGCUUUCGAGAACCAACAACAGGCGAGGAUUUACAAGCACCACAGCCAUUGCCACAGCCAUUGCCAGAUGUCGGUAAGGACGACGGCGUCUGCUCUCCCCGUCCAGCAUUCACAACUGAAAACACCCACCAUCCAUCAACCGGUUGUCCUCACACAGACCUAUACAUCCCGUUCUCUGCGAUAACUACAUAUGUCAAACCAAUAAAUAUCCUCCCCACUCUGCACUUGGCACCGCUGACACUCAUCACUCUUCUGGUCCUCUCGAAUCUCAUCGCCGUCAGCGCCUUCGAUCUUGCCUUUGAGAGAGACCUCGGGGUGGUGGCUUCAGCUAACAGUCUUUCAGAGCGCAAUGAGCCCGCAAGAGAACUGCAUCGAAAGCCACAAGUACGAAAACAUCAUACAGUUGGCCCUCCUUGGUCAUGCCCAUUCUUCCCUGUGCAUCCACUACCUCCUUUUGGAGAUCCCUUCGUUCCUGGCUUUCCCAAUCCCUUUCCAGGAUUUGCCGGGCAUACGCAUUUUCCAGAACCAGUCAUCACUGUCCAUACUUCCCAAAUUAUCACAAGUAUCCCAACAACAUCAGUCGGUGGACAAUUCACCACUGCUCUCUCGCCUCAGCCCUUGACAAAUACCUCUCAAUCUGUGACGUCCGAUGCAUCAACUUCAACAAUCUCAGAUACCGACACCUCCGGUAGUCCAGCCAGUGCAUCGGGUGCAUCUCCAGUCUUUGGUGUUUCGUCCACGUCGGCAUUCGCGAGCUCUGUUGUCCCCUACACCUCUUCGUCUUCAACAGCAGCCCCAAGCACAAAUUCUGACUCCAGCACAAUUUUCAAUUCAAACACAGCCUCUAGCUCCACCACAGAUUCCAGUUCAAGCAGCGCUUCCUCCGCCAUCACCUCAGUCACAACUCCCGUUCCAGCUAACACUUCGACUUCGAGUGUUUCAACUACUAACCCUUCUGCACCCGCCCAGACUUCAGACGUUGUGCAAGUCGGUAACCAAUGGUUAGUCCCUGGAGUCGGCACCUUCGAUAAUCGGUCUUUGUUUACUUUCGACCAAGGAUUCCCCGAUGGACUGCAGAUCAGCAACUACAGCAAUCAUCAGAGGGGAAGCGGUCCAUCUCCUGAGAUUCCGUACAACCCUACAUUUGACCCUGCAAAUGUGCAAAUCGUGAACGGAAUGCUAGCAUUGACCGUGCCUGGAGAUCAAAACCCCAAUAACAGCACUGGCUGGGAAGUGAGCAGUGCUGAAAUCACGACAGCGGAGUCGAGCAUCCUAUAUGGCAGUGUUCGGACAAAAGCCAUCCUCAGUCCAGUGCCGGGGACUUGUCACGGCUUUUUCUUCUAUCAAUCCGACACCCAGGAAACCGACAUUGAAUACUUAACGGAUCCGUCCUCUCUGUCGAAUAACGGACCUGGCAAUCCAAUCCCCAUCUGGUACACGAAUCAAGCUGUAAACCCCGAAGACGAAGCGGCAACUCAGGCUACGGGCCCCGCGCCUUCAGACUGCACAACAGCGGUUCAUGAAUACCGACUCGAUUGGACAUCGGACUACACCGCAUUCUAUCUUGAUGGCAAGUUCCAGAUGAAAUUCACCACCAACGUCCCAAGCGAGCCAGGUCCUUGGGUCUGGAACAAUUGGUCCAACGGGAACAAGGGCUGGUCAGUCGGGCCUCCCUCCAGCGACAACAUUCUCCUGAUCAAGAGCAUUGACAUGUACUACAACACGGAUUCUGGUGGUUCUGGCCCAUAA